GUGGAAAUAAACGGUGCAACUUCAACACAAUACCGACCAUCAUCAAAACAAAAUCAUCGCCAUCGCGGCUAUCCACGGGCUUGACCUUCUUGGUUCCCACAAGAUUCACAUGGGAAAGAUCCUUCCUCAUCUCUGAAUUCUCUGCACACCGUAGUUCCUUCCUCCGUCCUCGGAAAGCGACAGCGGUGUGUUUCGAGGAUUUUAUCCAUCACUUAGUACUGAAUCUGGACCUGCCUAGGCUCAUCCAGGGUCCGUCCUUGUUAGUCCUUGUUGGUAACGGCUGCAUAUAUCAAAGAUGACUUAUAUCCCUUUUCUCUGAGGAUGUAAAACCAUUUCUUUUCUCACGGGCUUGGUUUGUACCUAUUCUUUUCCAACAGACGUUCAACACCCGUGUUUUACAAUGUCCGCCCUCUUCGACACCAACCCAUCACAACCCCCAAACCACGACUCCAACGCCAUCGAACUCGCCCAACGCAGCCAACAACAUGCGUCUUUCGCCGGGCAAGAAUCAGACCCCGAAACCCUUCGAGCAGCCGGCGGCACGCCUCCUCCAGAUGACAUCGACCCGGCCAGCAUCGCCUUGGUAGAAGACGUCCCUCCAGAUGGCGGCUACGGAUGGGUGGUCGUGGGAGCAGUAUUCCUCAUGAACGUCAACACCUGGGGCAUCAACAGCGCCUGGGGAAUUUUCAUGGAGUUGUAUAUCCGCGAAAACACCUUUCCGGAAGCGAGCCAUUUUGAGUACGCCCUGAUUGGAGGCUUGUCUGUCUCGCUGGCUUUGAUCUUGGGACCGAUUAUUAGUGCUAUCCAGAGAAAGAUUGGGACCAGGUAUACGAUGGUGCUGGGGUCGUUGAUGAUCUUUGCUGGGUUGUUCUCUGCGUCGGCGGCGAGUAGGGUGUGGCAUCUUUUUAUGAGCGUGGGGCUUUGUAUGGGGUUUGGGUUUGGGUUGCUUUAUAUCCCGGCAAUGGGUCUCCUCCCGCCAUGGUUCUCACGACACCGGAGUUUGGCUCUCGGCCUCGCAACGGCGGGAGCAGGCGGUGGCAUCGCAUGGAACCUCAUCACUGGCAAACUCCUCGCCGUCUCUGGACUGAAAUGGACCUGGCGGAUUCUUGCCCUCGUCUCCGUUGCUUUUAACAUCAUUUGCGCCUUCCUCUGCCGCGAGCGGCCUAUCAGCUCUUCCACGGGGUCGUCGAAACGCCGAUCCUUCAACAUCCGUGACUUUGGCAGGACCCAGGUCCUUCUUAUUCUCCUGUGGGGUUUCAUAACCGAAUUUGGCUACGUCUCCCUCUGGUACUCUCUCCCGAGCUAUGCAACCAGCAUCGGCCUCACUCCAUCCCAAGGAUCCGUGGUUAAUGCUAUGUUGAGCUUGGGAGUGGGCGUUGGGCGCCCGCUUGUUGGCGCCCUCAGCGACCGCUUCGGCCGCAUCAACCUCGCCCUCCUCUGCUGCUCAUCAUGCGCCAUCCUCUGCCUAACCCUCUGGAUCCUCGCCCGCUCGUACGCCGGCCUAAUAAUCUUUGCCAUAGCCGCGGGCGCCGGAGGUGGUUGUUUCUGGGCCACGGUGAAUCCCAUCCUGGCGGAAACCGUUAGUCUCGCCGAAAGCAGUGCCAUUUUUGGCACUAUCUGCUUCGCCUUAGUGAUUCCUACCACUUUUGGAGAAGCCAUUGCGCUGCAGCUCGUCAAGGGUGGAGACGGCGUCAACAAGUUCAUUCCGAGCCAGAUCUUUGUCGGCUGUACGUUCCUGGGGGGCACCGCUUUACUCAUGCUCCUGAGAAGCUGGCAGAUUUGUGAGAUUGAGAGAAAAACGGGGGGUGCGGGCAGUGGUCAAGAUUGGGAAGGGCAUAGGAGAUCUGGAGAAGAAAACCGGAUGGAGGAGGAUUUGGAGGAAGGAGUUAUGGCUUCGGGAAGAAGCGCUGGAGUGGCGGUUUUGGGCGAGUUGAGGAGCUCGGCUGCUGGGAUGUGGUCUCCGAGAAAGCUGUUUGUUGCCAGGAGGGUGUAGCGAUGGGUGUCAUGUCACGGUAGAAAGCGUUUGUUUCACUCGGAUUUAGGAAUGUUGUUCAACGAAGCUAUG